UUUAAAUUUGCCGCAUCUUCUGGCGCUAGUGUCGUUUGUCGUUUACUUCUUAAGGCGCAUGCCAGUUGGCUAUCUUUUGGAUUAGUUUCCAUCUUGGUCACAUUUUCAAAGGAGCUGUCAUAAAUAACCUACAAAAACCAUGGCGGAUAUUGAGGACACCCAUUUCGAGACUGGAGACUCCGGCGCCUCCGCUACCUAUCCUAUGCAAUGCUCAGCUCUGCGUAAAAAUGGAUUCGUCAUGUUGAAGUCGAGACCCUGUAAAAUUGUUGAAAUGUCCACAUCUAAGACUGGAAAGCACGGCCAUGCUAAAGUUCACUUGGUUGGAAUUGAUAUUUUCUCAGGGAAAAAGUAUGAAGAUAUCUGCCCUUCCACACACAACAUGGAUGUGCCACAUGUUAAACGUGAGGAUUAUCAGUUGACUGAUAUUUCUGAUGAUGGUUACCUGUCCCUUAUGUCCGAUAACGGUGAUCUUCGUGAGGAUUUGAAAAUCCCCGAUGGCGAAGUUGGUGCCCAAUUACGUUCUGAAUAUGACGCUGGCAAAGAUAUAUUGUGUACCGUUCUGAAGUCUUGUGGUGAAGAAGUGGUGAUUGCAGUAAAGACAAAUACUGCACUAGACAAAUAAUGGCAUGAAAAAACGGAGAGGACUAUACAGAGAACUACAGAAACAUAUUACCUAUCAAGUCCAGAGGUCCUCCCAUCAACUACAAUAAGCUACACAUUAUAUUUGUAUUGGACCAGUGUUAAAAGCUUACAUUAAAAGUCUGCAUCGAAUGAACAGCGACUGUUCAUUAGAUGUUCAAUUUUACAUCUCUGUACUUUUAUUUGUUGGCAAGUUUCAUCAAACAGCUAUAAUGUUCAAUAAAAAUAAUUUAAUUUUAACUUUAUGUAAAUUUUUUAAAGUUUUUUUACCGCCUUCGGAACCACCUUAUUCUGGUCUGUUUACUGCAAGUGUGGUAUUUGUUUGGGUAUCUCAAUUCAAGAUUCGGUUUUCUUUUAGUCCAGAAUCAGGUGAUUCUAAUCUAAUCUUGUUGACAUAAUUUAAUUGAAUAAAAUAUAAACCAUUUUUUAAA